GCAAUGUUCUGCAUCGAAUUUGGUACUUGUGCUUUAAAGAAGCAGUGUGUAAUGAUACUACUACUGCUACUACUACUACUACUACUAAUAGCAGGCUUUACCUCUGUUUAACUACUGUCUCAAAGCCCAACUUUUCUCCUCUCUGAAGUAGAUUUACUUUGCAGACGUUAGAUGGCCAUUGAGGGUUUGGUUCCAGAAGGAUUUACACUUAGGAUUUUUAAGCAGAUUGUGCUGGAGGUCACAAAAAUUCUUCAACUGGGUUGUCAUUUCAUUCCAUUCCAGUAAGUGCUUUUUAAAAGGCAGAGGCAGAUGGUUGCAAUCUUAGUUAGCAAGGGUUUUCUUAACUGCAGUGCACAAACAGCUACUUGAGGGCUAAAAAUUUGCCCUAAUAAUUUAUAGUUCAGGAAAUUUACUUUUUCAUAAGCCAAUUCCAGAUUGCAGGGUUAACCCGAGGCUCCAGGAGCUCUGAAAGAGUCCCCCUUUUAAACGUUCAUGGCUAUUAGGACAGCAAUCUGAACUCCAAAUAGCACAUCUGCCCUCACAAAGGGAAUGCUCAGGGAAAGAGCUCUUUUGGGAUGACUGGGUGACUGCACUGUACUUUGGUAAUCCAAACUGUUAAACCUGUUUGGAUAACUGGUUAAGGAAUAAAGCUGACACACCAGCAUUAUCAGUUUCAUGACACAAAUUAAAUAGCUAGGCCAAGAUUUUCACGCUUACCUAGUUGGUGUUUGGUGCUGCCCUUAAGGUACAUAAAGGAGGGUCACUGUUGAGGUUGUAGGAGGUGCUUGCGUCUCUUCGGGACCCAUCUUCUGACCAGCCAGCCCAUCAGGUGAUGCCUGUUAGACUUCAGAGAAAGGAUAAAUGCCAAAUCACUAGUAAUUUUUAGUGUGACAUUAGUCUUUCAUUCUAAAACUGUUAAAAACAUGCUCUGCAACUUACUGCAUAGAUAAAUAGCCAACUACAGAAUUAAUGCUUACUAUUUUCACUUUUUUCACAUAGGUCCAUGAUGUUAUGUCAACUGCUAGUACUUGUCUUUGGAAUAUCACUAGCUAGUGAUGUAUAUGCAUUUAGAAGCUGUUAUUCAGAAGCCCAAGUCUCCGUAUAUUAUUAUUGCAACCUCACAGAUAUUCCAACUGUGCCAAAGGAUACAGUGAAGCUUUUGCUAACUUUCAACUAUAUCACACAAGUGACUGCAACUUCAUUUCCACUGCUGGAGCACUUGUUUCUGUUGGAAAUCGGAAUGCAGUAUGUCUAUCCUGUUACCAUAGGAAAAGAAGCUUUCAGGAACCUGCCAAACCUUCGUAUCUUAGACUUGGGUUACAACAGCAUUCUUCAACUGGAUAUUGAUGCUUUUGUGGGCUUGCCAAGCCUGGCUGUACUCCGUCUGUUUCAGAACAACCUUGGAGAUUCCAUCCUGGAGGAACAUUACUUUCAAGAUUUGAGCUCAUUAGAAGAAUUGGAUCUUUCAGGGAACCAGAUCACAAAACUUCAGCCUCAUCCCUUGUUUUAUAAUCUGACAGCCUUGAAAACUGUGAACCUGAAAUUCAACCCGAUUUCCAACCUGUGUGAGAGCAAUCUGACCAGCUUCCGAGGAAAACACUUCUUAUUUUUUAGCCUCAAUUCAAAUUACUUGUACAAGACAGAUGAAACAACCUGGGCCAAAUGCCCAAAUCCUUUCAGCAAUAUCACGUUUACCUCACUAGACCUUGGUGUCAAUGGCUGGAGCACAGAGAAAGUCCAAGCUUUCUCUUCAGCCAUUAAAGGGACGCAAAUAGGUUCUUUAAUAUUUAGCUUUCAUAUAAUGGGUUCUGGAUUUGGCUUUAGUAACUUAAAAAACCCAGAUCAGGAUACGUUUGCAGGACUAGCAAGAAGUGAUCUCCGUUUGCUUGAUAUUUCAAAUGGUUACAUUUUCUCUCUGAAAUCUUUAAUCUUUCAAAGCCUUGGUAGUCUGGAAUCACUGAACCUGUUCAAAAACAAGAUAAACGAAAUCCAAAGGCAAGCAUUUUUUGGCUUGAGAAACCUAAAAACUCUCAAUCUCUCAAGUAAUCUUUUAGGCGAGUUGUACGAUUAUACUUUUACAGGCCUACGUAGUGUCAUGUAUAUUGAUCUACAGCAAAAUCAUAUUGGGAUUAUUCAAGAAAAAUCAUUCAGUAACUUAGUAAGUCUGAAAAUAAUUGAUCUUCGAGACAAUGCCAUUAAAAAGCUCCCUUCCUUUCCACAUCUGACCUCUGCUUUUUUAGGUGACAAUAAACUAAUGUCCAUAGCUGGCAAAACACUAGCAGCAACAUACCUGGAAUUAGAAAGAAAUUGGUUGGCAAACCUGGGUGACCUGUACAUCCUUUUCAAAGUUCCAGAUGUGCAGUAUAUCUUCUUAAAACAGAAUCGCUUCUCCUAUUGUGUGAAAAAUGAUAACGUUAUAAAAAACAAACAGUUAAUCUAUAUGGAUCUAGGUGAAAAUAUGUUACAGCUCGUUUGGGAGAGAGAUUUAUGUUUGGAUGUGUUCCAUGGACUGUCCAAACUUCAAGUUCUGCAUCUGAAUAACAACUACCUUAGUGCUCUUCCACAGGAGGUUUUUAGAGGUUUAACAUCCCUAAAAAGACUUAAUCUAGCUUCCAACCUAUUGUCUCAUCUUUCUCCUGGGAUUUUCCCACAAAGCCUAACAAACCUAAACUUAUCUGGAAACCAGCUUUUUUCCCCUGAUCCUGAAGUCUUUAUGACUUUGAGUAUUUUGGAUAUAACACAUAAUAACUAUGUUUGUGACUGUACUUUAAAAAGCCUACUAGUGUGGCUAAAUGAAACCAACGUAACCCUAGCUGGCUCAGAGUCUGACAGGUACUGUGUAUACCCACCUGCAUUUGCAGGGGUACCACUGUCAUCUCUGACAUAUGAUGAUUGCAGUGAAGAUGAACUCCAGCAGACACUCAGAUUCUCAUUAUUUGUCUUCACCUCUGUCACUCUUCUAAUGUUUCUGAUGGCAGUCAUCAUUUUUACUCGCUGCCGGGGUAUUUGUUUUGUCUGGUAUAAAACUAUAACCAAAAAAGUGAUAGAUAGGCAUCCAAAAGUAGCAGAUAAAAGCGAAUACAAAUAUGAUGCGUAUUUGUGCUACAGCAAAAAUGACUUUGAAUGGGUCCAGAAUUCUUUGCUGAAGCACUUGGAUUCACAGUAUUUUGAUAAAAACAGAUUUACCUUGUGCUUUGAGGAAAGAGAUUUCUUGCCUGGGGAAGAACAUAUCAACAAUAUUCGGGAUGCCAUUUGGAACAGCAGGAAAACAAUUUGCAUUGUGACCAGGCAGUUUCUCAAAGAUGGGUGGUGUGUGGAAGCCUUUAAUUUUGCCCAGAGCAGGUACUUUUCUGAUCUGAAGGAUGUCCUCAUUAUGGUAGUGGUUGGGUCCCUUUCUCAAUAUCAGCUGAUGAAACACAAACCAAUUCGAAACUUCUUACAAAGGAGUCAGUAUCUGCGGUGGCCUGAAGAUUAUCAAGAUGUGGACUGGUUUUUAAAUAACCUUUCUUGCCAAAUUCUGAAGGAAAAGAAAGUGCAAAAGAAAGGCAAUGGUAUAGAGCUGCAGACUGUAGCAACACUCUCACAUUGAUAGUGUGUGGGUCACUGGCUUAUUAAAUAGCCCAUUUCAAGCUGUGCCAUGGCAGGAAUAAACAGAAGUUGGCUUCAUCUUUCCUUGGAAAAGCAGGCAGAAAGAUAACUGUUUCAGUAUAAAUCCUACUAAACAUGGAGACUGCUUGAAAGCAGUCAGCAAAUAUGUGAAGGUGCAAUUGUUUUAUGGGCUAUGACCCACGUUUUCAGGAGAAUGAAAUGAAUCACAGAUGCUUCACAUUCUGGAUGCUCAGCUUCAGACACUAAAGAAUGCAGAUUUACUUACUGACAGGUCUGUUUCAGUUAGAGAAGGUGGUUGUUUUAAAUAGAGUCCACGGUACUGUACAGGAGUGACCAAGUAUGCUUUCAUGUAUGGCCUAGCCAGACCAUGGGUUCACGGCUUACUCCUUUCUAAACUCAGUAACUUUUCAUGCUCUGUUUCAAAGUAGAACCAGUGCUUUGCACCUUUAUACUUUAAAUGGGUGUAACACAUUUCAUUUAUUUACCUACACAAUUAGCCUCAGCUUCCCAACUGGAACGUACAAACUCUGAACUUCGUUCAUCUCCUUCCCCUCCACAACUUCUCUGCUUGGUAGUAAAACGAGGGUCAUCAGUCUACUUCACUUAUUGCUGUUCCAGCCCAGUGCUUUUUCAGUUGUGCUGCCUCCUGCCUUGCAGAGAGGAGCAGGUAUCCCCAAAGAGCUGAAGCAAGGCUGAGCUUGAAAAGCAAGCAAGAAACUACCUCAACAGCCAUGAGGGCUAUACACCGGUGACAUGGCCGAUAGCUCAGCGACUGCCUGACACCUUUCACACACCCUGGGAGGGGAAAGCACAGACAAGUGGUGUGUAAUUUGGGUUGUUCAUCCUGUGUCCUGAUCAGUUCUAUAAGGUGGGGGGUUUUUUGCUUCUGUUGAUCUAUUUUUCAUUAUUUCCUGGUACCUCUCUGAUCAUUUUAGCACUGUUUGUUCAGGUAUCUGCCUCCAGGAAGUUGUUCAGGGUCAUUUUAAUAAAAGCCUGUCUUUGUGUUCACUGUUACAGAA